AUGGCUGAAGGUGAAGACACGACCGGCUCGCAAAUAUCAAGGACUCCAAUGCAUAAACCUGAGCGCUGCCGAUUUCCUGUGCAGCGAUUAGCGGUGAAGCAGCUGCUGGAGGCUAUAAAUAGGCAUCCGAGUCAUCGCCCUCUCAGGCAGAAAGCAUCCUUGGAUGUCGUCGUCCGGGCUUACGGUGGUCUGCAAACCAAUGCAGGACCUAUUAGUUCAUCACCAACAGCACUUCAACACGAAGUGCAAUACCGGCGACGAGCUGCGAGCAAAUCUAUUUGCCACUCCGACGUGUCCUACUUGCAAGAGAAGCAUUGUUGUGGCCGACCAGGUCCGCUGAGAUUCGCUGCAACACCGGGGCGAAUCCCCUGCUCAACCACUAGAGGAGCUGCGAUGCAGUGA